AACUUUAGAGAGUAGCACGUUGCCAUCUAUCUUCGACAACCCACUUUCCCCGCACCUUUUCCCACCGCCAGUCCUCCACCCACGCGUCCGCGCGCACACGGACCCCAACCCAAACCGGCAAACCCCAGCUCCAAGCGAAGCACAGCUCCCAAAGUUCCAAGUCGGACACUGUAGGCGCGGCGCCCGCGGACACCCAUACUGCGCUCACCGAGACACCGACCCGCGAUCCCGACGGCAGCUCCCCUCCCCCUCUCCAGGUCUCCACUGUACGUCUGAACUGCAUAUCGCGCACGCCGCUCCGGUGCUCCCCUCGGCGAGCGAGAUGCGGGGGCCGGCGUCGGUGAAGGCGGGGAGCCGGCCGCCUUGGCUGGGGCUGGGGGCGGCCGCGUGGGUGCAGGUCGCGGGCGGCGCCAGCUCCACGUUCGCGCUCUACUCGCACGCGCUCAAGGUCGCCCUAGGCGCCGACCAGAGCCGCCUGGCGCUGCUCGGGGUCGCCUGCGACGUCGGCGAGAACCUCGGCCUGCUCCCGGGGGUGCUCUGCAACCGGCUCCACCCCGCGCUGCUACUCCUCAUCGGCGCCGGCGCGUGCCUUCUCGGGUACGGCACCGCGUGGCUCCUCGUCUCCGGCGUCGCGCCCGCGCUGCCUUACUGGCUGAUUUGGUUUGCGUUAUGUCUUGCUACAAAUGGUGGUGCAUGGUUGGCGACUGCCGUUCUAGUGACCAACAUGAGGAACUUCCCGCUCAGCAGAGGUGCCGUUGCUGGCAUUCUGAAAGGGUACUCGGGUUUAAGUGCCGCUGUUUACACUGAAAUAUACACCGGAGUGCUCCGUGAUUCACCCAUCAACCUUUUGCUCUCUCUCGCUCUGGGAAUUCCUGCCGUGUGCCUCCUGGGAAUGUACUUUGUUCAGCCCUGCGAACCCUCUCUGGUGGAGACGAACGCAGAGCAAGUCCAUUUUAUGUUUGCGCAAGUGGCAAGCGUUCUUCUUGGGGUUUAUCUGGUUGGGGCUACAAUAUUGGAUCACGUCGUGGCUGUCAAUGACAUUAUGAACUAUUCUCUGCUUGUCGUUAUGGUUCUUCUCAUUUUCGCUCCACUGGCAAUACCAUUGAAGAUGACGCUAUUCCCGAAGAAAAAAAACCCAUUGGAUUCACACUCUCCAACAGUUGAUAAUGAUCACACACAGCCGCUUUUGCCUUCUUCCUCCGAAUCAAACCUCGGUAAUCUUGAAGAAGAUGAUUCCACAGACAUCGAUGUCCUCUUAGCCGAGGGUGAAGGGGCCAUAAAGCCGAAGAGAAGAAGACCAAGAAGGGGAGAGGAUUUCAGGUUUCGCGAAGCGAUACUGAAGGCCGAUUUCUGGCUUCUGUUUGCAAUAUGCUUUGUUGGGAUUGGAUCUGGAAUCACCGUUCUUAAUAAUCUGGCACAGAUAGGAAUCGCCGCAGGUGCUGUCGACACAACCAUCUCACUCUCUGUCUUCAGUUUCUGCAACUUCUUUGGCCGGCUGGGAGGUGGUGCUGUUUCCGAGUAUCUUGUCAGGUCAAGGACACUCCCACGAAGCGUCCUGGUCAUAUGCACCCAGGUAGUGAUGAUAAUCACGUACCUGCUCUUCGCGUUGGGCCGGCUCGCCACGCUCUACGUCUCCGUCGCCUUACUCGGCUUAUGCUACGGGGUCCUGCUCUCCGUGGUGAUCUCGACCUCGUCGGAGCUCUUCGGGCUGAAGCACUUCGGAAAGAUAUACAACUUCAUCACGCUGGCGAACCCGGUCGGCGCGUACCUGUUCAACACCCUCGCGGGGUACGUCUACGACCUCGAGGUGGAGAGGCAGCACGCCGCCGCGGCGGCGGCAGGGUCGGACGUCGUCGCGUGCCACGGCCCUAGCUGCUUCAGGCUCACGUUCUGCGUCCUCGCCGGCGCGGCCUGCCUGGGCACGCUGCUGAGCACGGUCCUCACCGUGAGGGUCCGGCCCGUGUACCAGAUGCUCUACGCAGGGGGGUCCUUCAGCCAGCCCAGGAACUCUGCGCAUUGACCGGCGGUGAUACAAAGCCUUGUUGUUUUCUGCUGCUAGAAUAAAAAUCCGGUAUGGCCUCUCUGAAUAGCUUCGUUAAUGGCCUGCUGUAGUUCAUGAGCAUGCACGCUAGUCUUGUGCUCUGUGGCUGUAUUUUUUGGGUCCUUCUUGGCCUAAUAGGAGGAGGGAGCGAUGGCCUCGUGCAGCAGCAGAUGCUUGCUCCCGGUUUAGCCGCCGACGCCGAGGCCCGAGUUUUAGGGGGUGUAUAAUUGAAAUCCCUACUUAUUAUGUAGAACAAUGUUGCUUGUAUACGACACGGGUUUACCGGACAUUUUGGCAGAUCGCAUAUGGUACGGAGACGAAUUUGCAUUUUUUUU